AUGACGAUUAUAUCAUUAAUUCAUUUAUGGAUCUUCGUAAAUUGUUCUCGACGUCGGAAGAAAAAGCCAACGUCAACGUCGUCGAGUUAUAUCGAGGAAAACACCAAGGCAGAACAGAAAAUAGAAAGGCCGCUGUGGGAUAAAGAAUUCCCGAAAAUUCUUCCACCACCGGUACAUGUUCCUGAAAAAGAAAACAAAGAAGUAGAUGUGGAGCCCGAAAUUCUGGAAGGAGGGCUAGAAGGACCAAAUGCUAAAGAACCUCCGGCUGAUCCUCGAUCGGAUAUGCUUGACCCUCUAGGAAAUCUAUUGUUUGAUGAUCCAACUCAGCUAAGCGUUGAUUCAAAGGAAUCGGUC